AACGGAGGAGUUGGAAGCCAUCAUUGAAAUGACAAAGCGGGAGAAGGAGGAUGUGAUGAGGAUAAAGGCUGAAAUAGAGGAACAGAAAGAUCAAAUGGAAGACAAUCUGAUGGAUACUCUGAAACAUGACAGAGAAGAACUUGAACGUCUAAAACAUAACAUACAAAUUGAAAAGGCGGACCUCGAAAAAAAUACACAAUUGGCAAUGAAAGGUCGGGAUGAGUUGGAAUUACAAGUGUCUGAAAUGCAAACCCAAAGAGAGGGAAUAGAAAAAGACAAACAAAAGAUACAAGAUGAGAAGGAUGAGGUGGAACAGAUCAAGAUGGAGUUACGGAGAAGGUCAGAGAAUCUAGACAAAAUUAUGGAGGAGACCCAGACAGAAAAGGAGAAUCUUGACAACAUGGCUGUCCAAAUCCAGAAGGAGAAAGAGGUAAUUGAAAGUGUUGUUGAGGAUAUCAAGACAAAAAAGACUGAUAUGGAAUUGAUGAAAGCUGAGAUUGAGACAGAGAAACAAGAGACAGAAAACAUGAAGGAUGUGAUAUCAAGCGAGAAACAUUAUUUGGAGCAAAUGAAGAUAGAGAUGGAAAAACCAAGGACAAGAUAG